CGCUUGGCAACUGUAACCAAGUGACAGCCUCAGCCCGGUUAGCCAUUGGCCGCGGCGUUUAUUGGGGGCAGCAGGGCCCAGUCGGCGUUUGAAUGGUGAGGGAGGCUGGCAGGGGCCUCAGGUGUUGACGAACGACACAGACAGACAGAACGAGCUGGGGGAGGGACAGCGGGUGAGCGGCGUGGCACAAGCGAGAUCUGGCAGACAAGGCAUCGCACACCAGGAAUCCUCGGCACCUGGGAGAGCGGAGCGGGCUGUGAGGCUCGGAAUGCAAACGCGGCGGAGGAGCAGGCGACCAGAGAGUCCAGUGGGGGCCACUUGGUGAUGCUGCAGUCGUAGCGGAGAGGGAAGGGCAAAAAGUGCCAGGUGGGCCCUGGAGAGGAGGACUCUGCAAUGACAGACCGCCGGACGACUUUGUAGCCCGGCAGCGGGGCGACGGCACAGAAAUGCAGAUGCCCGUUUGCUGUGUCUCGUCUGCCUGGCGCCGCCUUCUCGCUCGCUACUCGGAACGGGACCCGGCCGGCUUGGGCACGUCGCACGGAUGGUCCCCUCCCCCGCCUUCACCUCGCGGUCGAUUUGAUGGCUGAGACCCCCCUCCGCUCACUCGAGAUGCCUCGCUGAAGAAGCGGCAUGAACAACGGCUCGGUCAACACGUCCCAGCACCGCUCGUGCCCAUCGGGCUGGGGCCCCCACGAUGGCGCCGAGGCCUGCAUCCUGGAGACGGCGGUCAUCGUCGUCCUGACCGUCCUGAUCAUCGCCGGAAACCUGACGGUCAUACUGGUGUUCCACUGCGCCCCGCUGCUGCACCACUACACCACCAGCUACUUCGUGCAGACCAUGGCCUAUGCGGACCUCCUGGUGGGCUUCAGCUGCCUGGUCCCCACCCUGUCCCUCCUGCGCUACCCCACGGGCGUCCAGGAGUCGCUGACCUGCCGGGCCUUCGGCUACGUCAUCUGCGUGCUCAAGAGCGUCUCCAUGGCCUGCCUGGCCUGCAUCGGCGUGGACCGCUACCUGGCCGUCACCCGGCCCCUCUCUUACCGCCGCCUGGUGACGCCCGGCCGCCUGCGCGCCUGCAUCGCCCUGGUCUGGACCUACUCGGCCCUCGUCUUCCUGCCCUCCUUCUUUGGCUGGGGCAAGCCCGGCUACCACGGCGACAUCUUCGAGUGGUGUGCCCGCUCCUGGCCCACCAAUGCCUACUUCACGGGCUUCAUCGUCAGCCUGCUGUAUGCUCCGGCCGCCCUGGUCGUCUGCUUCACCUACUUCCACAUCUUCAGGAUCUGCCGGCAGCACGACCGCGAGAUGAGCGAGCGCCGGGCGCGCUUCCCCAGCGAGGGGGCCGAGGGUGGCCACCCCGUGCCGGACCCUCGCUAUGCCGCCGUCCUGCUGCGCAUCACCAGCGUCUUUUACGUGCUCUGGCUGCCCUACAUCCUCUACUUCCUGCUGGAGAGCGCCCACGUGCUGGACAGUCCGGCCUUGUCCUUCGUCACCACCUGGCUGGCCAUCAGCAACAGCUUCUGCAACUGCGUCAUCUACAGCCUGUCCAACAGCGUCUUCAGGCUGGGCCUUCGCCGCCUCUCGCGGAGCCUGUGCCCGUCCUGCGGGGGUGCGCCCGGCGGGGACCUCAAGGAGCCGGUGCCAGUGCCGCCGCCAGCGCCCCAGCGGGCCGACUCCUGCUCCAUCUGAAGGUCCUUGUGCCCGGCUCUGCCAGGGUAGGCUUCAGAAAAGGACGUUUCUUUUUUGUUUUUCUUUUGUUUGGUUUAGUGACCCCUGAGGGGGUUAGAAUGGCGCCCCCGCUUUGCUGUUUGGAUCGUCGUGUAUUUUGUAACUCUUAGUAAUCUUUAGUUGGGCCUCUGGGUGUGAAAGUAGGUGGCACACGUCCACGGUGGUUGUGGUGGCAGUGUCAUUUGGGGUUUCUUUUCAACACGCACAAAUGCCCAUGGCAAAGUCUGAUUGGCAUAUCGAUGCUUUGGUGCCCCCUGAACAACUGGAUGAAUGCUAGUGACUGUAGGCUCAGCUUGCUGCCACCUUUCGUCACCACAGAACGUUCUGGAAUCCAAGAAAGCUGCUAUAAAACAGGAGAUGGGACACUGAGAGCUGCUUGUCAUUUUGUGCAAUAAAAGUGGAAAAC